AGGGAGCGGGUUUUUUUUUGUUGCUGCUCUUUCAGAUCGUGACAAAUAAAUGCACAAUUUUCCACUUGUGUUGAAUUAAAGAAGGAUUUUCAGGGUCUUAGCUGGGGUGCUAAGGCUGUGAUGGUGGACCAGUUCCUGUGACAGUGGACCAAUUUCUGUGAUAUGGCCACAGCUAAGAAGGGUUGUACAAAGUCCAGAGGCCUGCGCUUCUCAGCGGAACCCCCCGAGAAUGAAGUCCCAUCACAUGUUCACUUUGAUGACAAGCUGCAUGACUCUGUUGUCAUGGUGACGCAAGAGGAUGACGGCAACUUCAUGGUCAAGGUCGGGUUCCUGAAGACGCAACACCGCUACGAGAUCGUUUUCACCCUGCCUGAGGUCCCAGCCCUGGGGAGGGCUGUGUGUCCAGCACCGAUACCCAGUCCACACCUCCGGAUCACCAACAUCACGCCUGAGCCCAACGGCGCUCUAAAGGUAACGUGCGAGUACAUGGCGCAGCAGGAAGGAGUUCUGUGUGAGGAGGCGCUCCUGCUGAGCGAGACCAACGAGGAAGUCUGCGUCAGGGUCAAAGUUCACGCCAGAGUCAUGGAUCGCCACCAGGGGACGCCCAUGCUGCUGGAUGGAGUUCGCUGCAUUGGGGUGGAUCUGGAGUACGACUCCGAGCACAGCGACUGGCAAGGCUUCGACUAAAAGUGACACUCGCGCUCCCGUUACCGACACGCAAGCGUGAAUCUUCAGAGUAGAAAUGGAUGAAGGCCCCAACGACAACAUUCCUCUGCUUUCUUCUUCAUCACAUUUUCUUCA